AAUUUUAUAGAUUUAUUGGGCUGCUUCUGGUCGUAGAAAUUUCCAGUGCGACCGUUCAGGAACAACCCACAGUCCGCGACUGCAUCGAUUGUCCUUCUUCGUUUGGUCGAUAAUCUACAAAUCAUGAGCCAUGGCAGAUAGCAGCGGCGGCAUACUCGAACCAGUUCUGCAACCAACGGAAAGCCACCGGAUCAAGCUCAACGUUGGCGGCAAGCAAUUCGAGACUACAGCAUCUACUCUCCAGGUUGGUGGCCAUGAUUCUCUCCUCGCAGCACUUUCAGCCCGUCACACCACCGAGAGCGACGAGCACGAGCCUAUCUUCAUCGAUCGUGAUCCAGAGAUCUUUUCGGCUCUUCUUUCUCUUCUUCGCUCCGGUCGCCUUCCAUCUGCCGCUCUCCGCCGCUUCUCCAAGCAGGACCUUGCCGACGAAGCUCUCUACUACGGCAUCGAGGGGCGCCUUCGACUGGCUCUCUCGCCACCUCCUCUUCUCGGAAUCAACGCCACCCUCUUGACCACCCUCAUUCCAGCCGCCGAAGCCCAUCCCACGGCUCUUUAUGCGGGCUUUGAUGACGGAUCCAUCUGGAUAGCUCAUGGCGGCCAGAUCUCUUCCUACGACUCCAAUCUAAUCCAUUCAGGAACUGUCCGCACACAUCUGGAGGAUAUUGCAUCCCUCCGAUGCGUCUGGCCGGAUAUCGCGGCGAUCGGCUCUUUGGAGACGCCAGGACUGCACUUGUACGACGUGUCCAGCGGUCGCCAGAUUGCGUCGGUCAACUGGUCUGAUCCAUCAGAUCCUCGCGUCUAUAAGGCUCGGGUCACCGCAAUUGCAGCCACUGAACCCGGGUGCAACAGCAGGCGACCUGUCUUUGCGGCUUUCGAAUGCCCUCACCGUGAGAACUGUAUCCUUUCGGUGGAUCGAUCCACUUUACAAAUCGUGUCUGAAAUUGGACGGCUGUCGGGAAGCGGGUCAAAGACGUCGUCUCCGGGAAAGCUUGUGGAUCUAACGGAGGUCGGAGGCGGGGUGGUGUUUGCCUCUGCGGUGAGUUCGGGGGCGUUUGGGUACUCGGGCUACAUGAGGCUUUGGGAUCCUAGGACGGGAAAAGCCGUAUGGGAAACUAGCGAACCAGGGAGUGGAGCGCGGAGCGGUAGGUUCGGCGACGCAUUCUCCGACGUAGAUGUGGACAGGAAGGAGAUGUCAAUCUACAAGGUGUGUUGGAAGUCAGGCGAUCUAGCUGUUGCGGACAUUAGGAAGCUUAGCGAGGAUCCAUGGUUAUACCUGGAAGAGCGCAGCGCUGCAUUGAGGAUCGCCGGUGGAGGGGCAAACAGCAUCGUCAAUUGUUACAAUGGGCAGGUGUUUGUGAGUAGAGAGAGUGGUCUUGAAGUUUGGUCGCGUGUGGAGGAAGAUGGGGAAGAGAGGGAAGGUAGAGCUGAAAGGAAGAAGAUUUGGAGGAGGAAUUUUGUGGACAAGGAAGAUGAUGCCAAAAGGGGCUUGAUUCGUGGGAUAGAAGUUGGUGGGGAUCGGCUAUUUGUGUGCAGGACUGGAGUGGAAGGGGUUGAGGUUUGGGAGAGCUCCGAUUUUUCUGGCUCAAUCUCACUCUCGUGAAAAUAUGCACUCAAUAGGAAACAAUGGAGAAAAAGGAUUCAUGUACCCGGCUCCUUAGUGGGAUAAAGGCUUGUUGUUGUUGGAUCUCACUCUUGUGCCUUGUGUGUUGUAUCGGAAAUGAGACUAUGAAUGAUCACAAGUAGUGUAUUGCAUGAAUGGUUCAAGUUAAAGAUACAAUUGCCACUUGGUUGACAUUCCCAUCU